AUGCCGCCACAUCAACAACCACCGCCUCACAUGACUAAACCAAAGGUAUUUGCUGAUUCAUUGAGCCACUUUAUGACAGAAACCAGAUCCUCCAUUCGGAGAUUAGAAACACAAGUUGGCCAACUUGCAAAGUUAAUGGCAGAUCGUAAUCAAGGGGCUUUACCUAGUUCAACUGUGGUGAAUCGAAAAGAGCAAUGUCAAGCUGUCACUUUGAGGAGUGGGACUAAGUAUGAGGGGCCUAUAGUAGAAAACAAGGACAAGAAGAUUGAAGAUCAAUUGGUACCUAGUUCAGCACAAGAGGAUGUUACUGAAGACCUUUCAAAGAAAGAGACUCCAAAAUACACCGAGUCGACACCCAAGAUUCCUUACCCUCAGCGGUUCCGAAAGGCAAAUCUUGACAAGCAAUUCUCCAAAUUUCUUGAAGUAUUUAAGAAACUUCCCAUUAACAUUCCCUUUGCGGAAGCUCUUGAAUAA